AUGGAAAUGAAAGCCCUGUUCAGCUCAUUACGGAUACUAGUUACAAAGAUUAUCUCGUUUGUUUUGGUACCAUUGGCUUUUCUCCAAUCACUUUAUUCUGAUUUCCCUGGUGAAUAUGUGUUUGAUAGAGCUUACUAUUUAGCUGAUAGGUAUCUUAUAAAGGCAUUAUUCUUUGCAGUUUUUGCUUAUAAGCUCAGGUACCGAAAACAAAUAUAUCUACAUAAUGGCUUUCCUUUACAACGGUACCAAGGUUAUAAUGUAUAUUUGAGAUUUAAAUGUGGUUGUCCAAAAGCGCUAAAGAAAAAAGGGACACCAUUAACCCGCCCAAUGAUUGAUUCAGCAUUCAAAGUACCAGCAACAGAUCCCAACUACAUUCUUCAGGUUCAAUUUGCAAUCAAGGAUAUAUUUGCUGUAAACCAUGAGGUUGGCUCGUUGGCGCCUAUUUUCUUUAAAUUGGCGUGGUACUGUUGUGCCACAUACGAUGCUAACACCCUGUUAGGCGGCUCCAAUGGCGGCUCCAGUGGCGCCACCAUAAGAUUUGAACCAGAGUUUUUUGAUAAAGAACUUAUGGGUUUAAAUGUUGCACGAAACGCACUAGAGCAAGUUAAAUGCAAUUUUCCAGAAAUCUCAUAUGCUGACUUGUGGACAUUAGCCGGAAAGCUAGCUAUCGAAGAAAUGGGUGGCCCCACUAUAAAGUGGUUGCCUGGAAGGUCUGAUUAUGUGAAUACUGAAUACGUCGCGCCUCAAGGUUUGCUACCAUUUGGAAAUAAGAACACAGAUCAUAUUAUUAGUAUUAGGCAUACAUUCACAAGACUAGGACUUGAUGAUCAAGAAACAGUUGCAUUGAUCGGAGCACAUGGACUAGGAAGAUGCUAUAAGUAUACCAGUGACUGUGAAGGACAAUGGAGUAGAGGUCUGCUUCGUUUUUCAAAUGAGUUUUUCAGAGUUUUAAUAUCGGAAUCUUGGCAUCAAGAAAUAGUCCCUGAGACGGGAGGAGUACAAUAUUAUAACAACGAUAACAGUCUCAGAAUGCUUAAUACUGAUAUGGAGUUGCUUCGGGACCCUGGCUACAAAAUUUGGGUCCAAGAGUAUGCAAAAGAUGAAAAUAGAUACUUCAAGGAUUUUGCUGAAGCAUAUGCUAAAUUACUAGACUUGCGAAUCCGUAGAGAUGCUAAAGGAACUGUGAUUUUACAAGAAUCGUAUAUAUACAAGCAAAGGAGAAGCUAA